CUGGUAGCACUUAUAACCUAAAAACAAUUUACAAAAUCAACAAAUAUAUUUUCGUAAAAUUUACUGCAGCUUUUGUUUCUAUUAUCAUUUAUUGCGAUUUACUUAACGACUUAUCAUAUUUAAGCAAUGAGUGACGACAUUGAUAUACAUUUACAAGAACAUUAUCAAAAAGAAGAGGAGACACUGCGACAGCUGCUGAAAUUAGAGGAAUUGUUUCGGGAUCACUUGGUCCUCACAAAGCGCGAAAUGGCUUUGCAAAAAGAGUUAGUAAAUCGAUUGUGGGUUCUAUCUCAGCGCUAUGUUAUUCUAAUCAGUACAACGGGGUGUUGUAAGCACCCGGAAGUCUAUUCUGGCCCCACCGAAGAUAUCUUACUUAGAGAAUAUUCAGAUAAAUUAAAUCUUUUGCGCACAUCCAAUUGUCGUAUUUCAGAUUCUCUUCGAAAACUUCGACAAAAUUGUAUCGCUUUCAAUGCUCUUCACAGCCACUUGGAUAUGACUUUAGGGACUCCAUUCAUAACGGGUGAUACAUUUCAUAAACCUAUAGGAUUUUUUAUCGAGCUUGUAGAUGAUUUGUUCAAGUAUUUUCACGCUUUGCAAUUGAAACUAAAAUAUCUGAGCCAUCAGUUAGACCCAGUGGAUUUAAUGGUACUUGAGGAAUAUAAAGUAGCUUUGGAACCAAGCGAGGACUUCGAGGAAUACUUACACACAGGAUUGAGUUACUGCAAAUGUUUACGUCCUAAGAAACUUUGUCAAUAGCCAAAUUUGUAUAUUCUUGUAUUUAAUUGUGAUAUUAAUGAAUAAAUAUUCAGAGAUUUCGAAUGUAUGCAUAUAUACAUAGAA